CGGUGACGCAGCUUUGCAGUAAAUCACGUGACUACAUAUUUUCUGGGUUAGGAUCGGUUAGGAUCAGUCACGCCCCUCCGCUUGAUACCAGGUCAUGUUGAAUGGUCUUUAACUCGUUUUCUGGCCAGUUACCAGUGCGAGCUCAGAGUCCGGAUCUUCUUUGGCGGAACCGAGCUGCAGCCUGCCUCCAGAACCGAACUCCAGACCCGCAUCUCAACAUGUCCAUGUUUGGAGGAAACCGUGGACCCAACAAUGAGAUUUCAACGGACGUGUCCAUCAUCCGGAUCCCGCCUCAUCACUACAUCCAUGUUCUGGACCAGAACACCAACAUCGCCCGUGUGGAGAUCGGACCUCUCACCUACAUCCGGCAGGACAACGAGAGAGUUCUCUUCUCUCCUGUUCGGAUGAUCGUGGUUCCACCUCGUCACUACUGUGUGGUGUCCAACCCCGUUGCCCGUGACGACAACAACGAGGUCCUCUUUGACCAAUCGGGCCAGGCCAAGCUGCGCCAUGCCGACCUGGAGAUCCGUCUGACCCAGGACCCAUUUCCUCUCUACCCUGGAGAGGAGAUUCAGAUGGAUGUGACGCCGCUGCAGAUCGUUUAUCCGGACACGGCGCUGCGUCUGCAGGCGCUGCUGGACUUCGAGGAGGAGGGUCUGAAGAGGAUUGCUGGAGACGAGUGGCUGUUUGAGGGACCAGGAACCUACAUACCCAGGAAGGAGGUGGUGGUUCUGGAAACCAUCAAGGCCACCGUGAUCCGGGAGAACCAGGCCAUCAGGCUCCGAGCUCGCAAGGAGGGCAAAGACAGAGGAGGUGUCCAGAGAGUCACAGGUGAGGAGUGGCUUGUCAGUAAGGUGGGAGCGUACCUGCCAGGUGCUCACGAGGAGGUCCUGGAUAUUGUCAACGCCUUCAUCCUGACGGACAAGAAAGCUCUGCAUGUGCGUGCCCUGCGCCCCUUUAAGGAUGCCGGCGGGCGCGAGCGGCGCACAGGGGAGGAGUGGCUGGUGACCAUGGCCGACAGGGAGGCCCACAUCCCUUCUGUGGCUGAGGAGGUGGUUGGGGUUGUGGAUGUAACCACCCUGAGCAGCCGGCAGUACUGCGUGAUCCUGGACCCGGUCGGGGCAGAUGGCAAGCCUCAGCUGGGCCAGAAGAAGGUGGUGAAGGGAGAGCGCUCGUUCUUCCUACAGCCUGGUGAGCAGCUUGAGAACGGCAUCCAGGAUGUGUACGUGCUCUCGGAGGAGGAGGGUCUGGUUCUACGGGCUGUGGAGGCAUUUAACGACUCCGAGCCUGAAGAAGAAGAGGAGGAGGAGGAUCCUGAAGAGGAGGGGCGCUCCAAGCGAGCUAAGCGGGGCAGCGUCCUCCGUCGCCCUGGAGACCGAUGGAUGCUGCGGGGGCCCAUUGAGUACGUCCCCCCUGCCAGCGUGGAGGUGGUGCUGACGCAGCGUGCCAUCCCCCUGGAUGAGAACGAGGGAAUCUAUGUCCGACACAUCAAGACCGGAAAGGUGCGUGCCGUGAUCGGACACACGUACAUGCUGAACCAGGACGAGGAGCUUUGGGAGAAGGAGCUUCCGACAAACGUUGAGGCUCUGCUGGCGUCUCGCUCCGACCCGCUGGCGGAUCGCUCCAUCCGCCACGGGGGUGGAGAUGGCCAGCCGAGGGACAAGACCCGGGUGGUGACCUUCAGGGUCCCCCACAACGCCGCUGUGCAGAUUUACGACUACAGAGAGAAGAAGGCCAGGGUGGUGUUUGGACCUGAGCUGGUGAUGUUGGGACCAGAUGAGCAGUUCACCGUCCUGUCUCUGUCCGGCGACAAACCUAAGAGAGCCAACGUCAUCAAGGCCAUCUGCCUCCUGCUGGGACCCGACUUCUGCACCGACAUCAUCACCAUAGAGACCGCUGACCACGCCCGCCUGCAGCUGCAGCUCGCCUACAACUGGCACUUUGACGUGAAGAUCCCCGCCGACCCGGCUGCGGCAGCAGCUCUGUUUUCAGUACCGGACUUUGUUGGAGAUGCCUGUAAAGCCAUCGCCUCGCGGAUCAGAGGAGCUGUCGCCUCUGUGCAGUUUGAUGACUUCCAUAAGAACUCAAACCGGAUCAUCUGCUCGGCCGUGUUCGGCUUUGAUGAGAAGCUGGCGGUCCGUCCCGAUCUGCGUUUCGGUCAGAACAACCUGGUGAUCAGCAGCGUGGACAUCCAGUCUGUAGAGCCGGUGGACCAGAGGACCAGAGACGCCCUGCAGAAGAGUGUCCAGCUCGCCAUCGAGAUCACCACCAACUCCCAGGAGGCUGCGGCCCGACACGAGGCAGAACGUCUGGAGCAGGAGGCCCGGGGCAAACUAGAGCGCCAGAGGAUCACAGACCAGGCGGAAGCAGAGAGGGCCCGGAAGGAGCUGCUGGAGUUGGAGGCGCUCAGUGCCUCGGUGGAGAGUACGGGAGCUGCUAAAGCCGAGGCCCAGUCUCAGGCAGAGGCAGCCCGGAUUCGAGGAGAGGCGGCUGUCAACGAGGCCACGCUGAAGGCUGAGGCCCAGCGGAUCGAGGCGGAAGCAGAGCUCCAGAGGUUGUCCAAGGCCCGUGAUCAGGAGCUGAACUACAAAAGGGAGCUGGACCGUCUGGAGGUGGAGAAACAGGAGCGCCUGGCCCAGAUUGAGAGUGAUCGUUUUAAGAAGCAGAUGGAGAGUUUGGGCACAGACACACUGAUGGAGAUUGCCAGAGCUGGGCCGGAGCUACAGCUGAAGAUGCUACAGGCUCUGGGACUGAAGUCCACUCUCAUCACCGAUGGAUCUUCUCCCAUCAACCUGUUCACCACCGCCAACGGCCUCCUGGGGGCGCUGCCGGGCCAGGCCCAGUGAGGAGCAGGAGUGACGCUGAAGUAGGACCCUUAGUCAUCAGCUGUCUGAAAUGGAAAGUCAGGAUUCCUGUUUCCGUACGCCAGACUCCUCCUCUUCUGACCGCCAAAGAUGCUUCCUCCUGUUUACGUUCAGAAUCCAGAAGAGCUGAAUCCAGUUCUAGUUUGAUCCAAAGUUCUGCCUCAAAGUUCGAUAACUGUCUUCUCACAUCGUGGAGAAAUAAACAGAGUUUCUGCGUC